UUCCCAACCUCCGCUUCGCGCGACACGAUGGUUGAGUCCCCACCGCGCCAUGUGCCGAUCUUUCUCAACGCGCGCCGGGUGCUGUGGCGGAACGCCGCACGUGCUCUUUGCGCAGUGGCCGCGGUGCAGGGCGUGACACUUGUAGGACGCUUCCAUGCGCCGCCGCGCAUCCCUCGCCGGUGCAGACCCCAGAAUCCCGCGACGAUGUCGCAGCUGGAGCAAUCCAUCUACACAGCUGAACUUGAAGAGUCUUUGGCAGAACGUUUGGCAGAGUGGUGUUUGCACUUGGAGGAGCAAGAGGUGGGGCGAUUUGUGAGCAACUGCGGAGGCUGGCAGAGCCGCGACCUGGUCGCCCGCUGCGGCUCCCGUCGCGGGCUGCGGGAGUUGCUGGAGAAGUUGAGUUGGCACCUCAGCGCCUGGCAGGCGAAGAUCGAAGGCGCGACAACAUCAAUCGCUCCUACACACGCCGUGGCAGAUCAGCUUUGGGCCAACAUCAAUCGCCCGGGGCACUUCAACCGGCGCCACGACCACGGCACUGCCACAGCGUCCUUGUUGGUGUCAGGCGUUUUCUACUGCCAGUGCACACCGGAAGCGCCCUUGCGGCUCUAUGGGAAGGAGGUGAUGGAGAUCCACCCGAAGCCUGGCUUCCUGAUUCUUUUCCCGCCGGACAUGGAGCACGAAGUGGACCCGGUGCCUCCCAAUGGCCGCGAGCGGAUCUCGAUCGCCUUCAACCUACGAGCUCGUUGGCUCCAGGAGCCCUGGCAGCGCCAUGCCAUCGAUGGAACCCUGGAGGUGGAUCGGAUGAGAGAUGUUGAUGCAGCAGAUGCCAAGCUAGGACUCACCGCCUUGCAUUUGGCUGCGGAAGCGGGGCAUUUAGGCCUCAUCCAGCAGCUCCUGGACGCUUCAGCAGUGCCCCACCUCAGCCGCGAGGGCUGGUCACCCUUGGGCUUGGCCGCCGAGCGAGGACACCAUCGUGUGGUGGAAUUCUUGCUCGACCACUCCAACGAGCCACAAAAUUUGACCGCUGCGGCUGCGGAGCAUGUGCAGCAGACAGGUGUCGCUGGGCCGCAGGCUCUCGCGGCCGCCGCCGCACGCGGCCACCGCGCCACGCUGGCGCAACUGCUGCGGUGCUUCAGCGCUGAGGACGAUGCUGUGGCGAGGGCAGCAGCAGCAGCUGCUGGGGCUGGGCAGGUGGAGAUUUUGGAAGACCUUCUUCCGCGGACUUCGCCCGAUGUCUCGGGGCAACGCAGCCUCCUGCAUGAGGCAGCUGGAGCUGGACACGUGGAGGUCUGCCGGAUCCUCCUCUCCGACGCAUCGCUGCUGGCGUUGGACGAGCACGGCGCCACAGCACUGCAUGAGGCCUCGGCCAAGGGCCACGCACAGGUCGUGGAUCUUCUGCUGGAGAGGAAAGCGCCUUUGCAUCUCCAAGAUUGUGAGGCUUUGACGCCGCUACAUUGGGCUGCAAGGAAAGGGCAUGUGUCAGUGGCUCAGCUGCUCUUAGCAGCCGGUGCGCACGUGGAGAAGCCCCAGCCGUGCCCCGGAGCGACCCACACGGCUGGAGGGAGCCUCCUUCUGCGCUCGGGGCCCUUCUGGUCGCGGGCGCGCUUCGCGGAGUCGGCUGGAUCCGGUGAUUGGAGUGUGUUUUCUUUACCAAAAAAAGAAAGAACAGCUUUGUUCUACAUUGUGCCUAGGAACUACAAGUUGAAGCUCUCAAUAUAUAUAUAUAUAUAUAUGUAUGGUCAGAAGGAGUUUCUGCUCUAGAAUUGUGUAUUUCCUUUGCUGCAACUCCCCUGUAAGAGAACAUUGCGAUCUUCUUCCGAAUCUCCUGUGACAAAUCAAGGUAUUUGUCCAAGCGAAAAGCUGUCCCAGUGGCUGCAAGACCUGCGGCUGAGAAGGCGCGAAGUGUUCAACAUGAGGCAGCAGCAGCUGGUCAUGUGGACAUUCUUCAGCUGCUUCCUGGAUUCAAUCGCUGGGAGGUAUGUGUCGAACCGCACCAGACGCACCAGUGGAUGGAAGAAGGCGAUUCGCGACACCGGUGCUUGCUCCGUCGAGCCGACACCGCCGCGGCCUGCAUGGCCGUUAUCUGGAACUGUGAGUGGUUUGGGUUUUGACAUGAAGGCCACCAUUGACCGCGUACCAUAUGAAGCUGUAUCAUAUUCAGACAUUGCACCCCAGUUCGAUACAGCUGGCAAACAC